AUGGCGAACGAAUUGGCGGAAACCGCCGGCACUGCGCAUCGACGUCCAGAUCGACGUUGUCACGCUUUCGCCCGAGGAGGACUUGUGUGUCUGUCUGCUUCAUCGACGAAACUUGAAAUUCCGGACUCGAUUCCAGCCAGAGUCGAUUUCCGCUACCCGGUUCUGUACAUGAACCCAGUAUUUGCGUAUGCUGGUUUUCUGAAAGUGUCUGCUAGACAACAAAAGUUGAUCAAACUAGCGAGGAGGCACUGUGCGUGCAUAGGACGGACUACGGUAACGCUGGCGAGGCGGGAGGGAGACGAACUCACAUUCGAUCGACGAGUGACUGCAGACAACGUGCGCGCCAGAACCGGUAUGCGGGGUGCUUCAGAACGAACCGAAGCCGCGGUUUAG